ACUUCGUCCGACAUCAUGGCCUACGCUCAGCCUGACGAACACUUCUUCAUCGAGACCGAUGAGCCCCAGUCCAGUACUCGAGCCCGGGAGACCGCCAAGAUGCUCGCGCGCAGCCGACAAGAGACCAUUGCCUGCGAGCUCUCUCGUCUUGCCGGCGAGGAGUAUCUGGGAGACAUCAUGAAGCAUAUGCGACACAUGGAGGACGAGACUCUUCCUGAUGCCAACCUCAUCGAUAUGCAACGUGAGAUCCAAUGGUUUAUGCGCCCGUACCUCAUCGACUUCCUCAUCGAGGCCCACGCCGCCUUCGCCCUGCUGCCCGAGACGCUGUUCCUCACCGUCAACCUGCUGGACCGGUACUGCUCACGCCGUGUGGUGUACAAGCAGCACUACCAGCUCGUCGGCUGUGCCGCUCUUCUCAUCGCGGCCAAGUACGGCGACAAGAAGGACCGUGUGCCCCAAAUUCAUGAACUCAACAACAUGUGCUGCGGCCUGUACGACGCCGGCAUGUUCACUCAGAUGGAGAUGCACGUCCUCAACACCCUGGAAUGGACCAUUGGCCACCCGACUGUCGACUUCUUCACCCAGCUCAUGGCUGCCGAGGAGCAGGACGACAAGGAGGUGGAGCACAUGGCCGCCUACCUCUGCGAGAUUGCCCUGUACCACCGCGAUUUUGUUUCCACCAAGUCCUCCAUCAUGGCUCGCUCCUCAUUAGCCUUGGCCAGAGCCAUUCUGGGAAGGCCCGAGAUCAAUGACGGCGACUGGGACCACACCGAGAACCUGACGCUCUUGACCCUUUCUCAGCACCUCAACCAGCCCUCGCCGACCCUGGCCCGCAAGUACUCGUCAUCGUCACUGUCCAAGGUGUCCCAGAAGCUGGCCGACUUCAUGGCCGAGCAGGCCGCGAUGGCAAGGCUCCAGGCCAACCCCCAGUCGCCCCCUGCCGAGCCUGUGUCAAGACACUCCGACAUCUAUAGCACCCCCCAGAAGGGCCACGGCGCUGCCACCGGGUUCGACGGCUACCUCACGCCUCCCAUCACCCCCGACAACGCCUACGGAAACACGGCAAAGGUGGACUCGUACCACCAGCUGCCGCCCCGAUGUCCAGUCACGCCAACUCCCCAGAGCCAUCCUUCUUCAUAUCCCCAACACGUGCAGCAGUACGCUGCCUUUGUGAACCAGCACGGAAUCCACCAACAAUAG